ACUCGGUCUGUCUCUAUCACCUGGUUUGCCAAAUCCUUGUCUGCAUAACCUGAAGUCUCUUACAUUAACUGCACGCAUAUCAUCGACAUGGCACCUCCCCCCUCACUUCCUGUUCAGCCACCGAGCGGACCGCAUCAUGAUUCUGCAAAACCCCCACCGAAGUCCCAGAAGGAAAUGACCAGAGCUGAGCGGAGAGAGCUCCAGGAAUGUCAGCGCGCUGCAAAGGCUACAGCGAAGGCUUCAGGCCAGCCUUCCACAUCUGCCUCGGCUCCAAAGAAACCGAAUAAAAACGCGGACGCCUCCCCAAGGGCCCCUCCUGUCACGCCGAAACCAAAGGACAUGGGCCGGUCUACUACUGCUCACGAAUCCACCCUAGGGGACCAGCGCGGCCUACGCAUAUUUUCGCAUUUCGGUGCGCAAAAACGGGUGUCUAUCAUCAAGGGAGAGAUCCAUCCGGCAAUCCUGCGCCUUGCACUCCAGUUCUCUGAGUUCAAGAUCACGGGUGCGAAUGCGAGGUGUAUUGCUACUCUGAACGCGUUCAAAAUUGUCAUCCAAGACUAUGUCACCCCUCCGAAUACUACGCUUUCGCGUCACCUUAUGACCCACCUCUCACCACAAAUUAGCCAUCUAGUUGCUGCACGUCCCAUGUCUAUAACCAUGGGUAAUGCAAUUCGUCAACUCAAGUUUGAUAUCAGCAAGUCGAGCAUUGAUCUUCCGGAGCAGGAUGUUCGUAUUCACCCCUCCGUUCUCGUAUCGCCUGCCAAGGACGCGUUAUGCCAGAAUAUCGACCGUUACAUCAGUGAGCGUAUCACUGCUGCAGACGGCAUCAUUGAGGAGAGCUGCUGCAAGAAAAUCAAGGAUGGGGAUGUCAUCCUUACCUACUCGCGCUCCUCAGUUGUUGAGAAGGUUCUUCUGGCAGCACACGCUGAAGGGCGGCAGUUUUCGGUGAUUGUCGCAGACUCAAGACCCCUCUUGGAAGGCAAACGUCUUCUUUCCGUUCUGUCGCGGGCAGGGAUCCAGUGCACAUAUCUUCUUCUCCCCUCGCUGGGCUCUAUCAUCACGGAGGUGUCCACAGUUAUUGUAGGAGCACAUUCGAUACACGGAAACGGCGCUGUGUAUUCGAGAGCUGGAACAGCUCUUGUUGCCAUGAUGGCCAAGCAACACUCGAUACCAUUCAUCGUCUGCUGCGAGACCUACAAAUUUUCCGCCGGUGUCCAAUUGGAUAGUUUCACAAAAAACGAGCUAGGUCCCCUAGGUGAUGCUUUGACACCGUAUCCCCUGGCCAAGCCUCGGGAAGCGCUAUUGCUCACGAACGAGCCGCACCUCGAGAUUCUGAACCCGCUUUACGACCUAACUCCCCCUACGUCCAUUACGGCAGUAGUUACCGAGGUCGGAAUCAUUCCGGCGACUUCGGUCAGCUCUAUUCCUCUAGCACUGUACCGUUUGCCUUGAAUAGAACGUCUCGUAAGCGGCUCAUUUGCUUAUUGCAUUGUAUGUUGCGAUACUCGUGAAUUCGCCAUGCUAUACAUCACGGAAUACUCUAGAUACAGUGUGUCAAGCAUGCUCGGUCGUGAACAGAGUACCCUGUCUCACCACACUUGAAGGCAAUUCUGGGAAAACACUGCGGAAUGGCGAUAUCACAGAUGACAGGUAUGAGAUCAUAGCUCUGAUGUCCUGGAUGAUGAGCUCUGGCUUUCUAUGAUUUUCCGCUCGAUCCAUUCGAAAACGGCGUCCGUAACAUGUUCUACCGGCUUGUCGAACAAGUAUGGUAGGAUUGGAACGAUAGCAAGACCGGUUGCAGUUGGACCCCAUGUCUUGACCCUGGGGUUCUGGCUGUUUACGAAUGCCUUCUUCGCCUGCUUCACGGCGGUGUGGAUUGUGAAGGCAGGAAGAGCCCUGGCGCGGCAAUAACAAAGAUCAGCGCAGGAGUCAUUUGUUAGAGGGAGAUAACGGGUACAUCGAUGCUAUGGAUUGAAAGGCUGCACGUUGGGCGCAGACCAUUCCGAUGCGAGCAGGCUCCGAGAAAUGCGCGGCUUCGACGGGCGACGGGCCCUUGCGGUGAGCUUUGUACGCCUCGUAGCCGACAUCUCUGCGAAGAAUAGAUACAUGAGCAAGGCUGACGAUCUUGAUGCGACGUAUGCACUGACCCCGCAAGAUAAAGCCACGAAAUCCCGUAUGCUGCGGUUACUACCGCCGGUGGGACAACUGGCCGAAAAGCUUCUCCGACAUCACUGGUCUGAGUGUAAUUCUGUCGAUGCCCGAAACAGAGGUGUCGGGGCACUUACGUAGGCAAUGUACCGGGAACCUGCACGCAGCGCCGUCCUCAGACGAGCACCGUAUGCCAUGUAGCGGACAUCCGAGUCCACACUGUCGACAUCCUUGUCAGCAAGAGUGUUGAGCUCCUGCUGCACCUCUUCCUUGGCUGUCAUUACAGUCUGUGUCAUUCUAGUAAAGUGCCGGCGGUGUGUGGUGGGGAACGUUGACAGAGAGCAAUCUCAGCAGUUUGAACUGGCAAGCUCGGAUGGAGGACACAGUCAUGCAUAUGCCGAGCGCGUUCGUCACAGUACAGACCGGUCGGCGCCUAACAAGAGUUGGGGACGAUAACGUUUGCCACGAGUGUUCGAGGUCAUUCCGAGGGGCAUUUAGGUCGACGCUGACCGUGACAUCCGCCGCUGUGAACGUGCGUCGCUGGGGUUCGAACGUCGCUCGAACAAACACGGGGUCGAUCACUGGCUAUUGCAUGCCGAUAUUGGUUGGCGCCCAAAGUUCAAACCGGAUAGCCGGGCAGCAGCUGGCGUCCAAAUGCAGCCUC